GCGGGGUCGCGCUCGCGCCGCGCCGCCCGCUCGGUGCGUCGGGGUCGCUGGCGGCGAGAGGCGGCGGGGAGCGGCCGCCGGGCCCGGCUGUCGCACGAUAAUGAGGGAGAUUGUCCUGGAGAGAUACCAGAGUGCUGUGCCAGCCUGGGGAAGAACUCCAGCUGAUGGCAGUAAAACCGUCUGUCUCAUUUCGGCAAUGACAGCUAUCUCAAAAGUUUCGUUGUGCAGAUCAUUUUGGAUGGUUUGUGGCUUUCUUCCUGUUAACUAAUGAACUGUACAGAAGAUUUAAUUCUAAGAAUAAUUAAUUUGAGUGAGGACAAUGCAAACUCUGAAUUCUUCUUGGGUAAACAGGGGUCAUGUAAAUAAAUGCCCCUGGUAUUCUUUAUGGUGCUUGUAGACUGUCUACCAGUUACUUCGGGUCUCUUGCUGCAUCUGUGGGAAGCUGUUGCUAUGUGAGCUCCGAGUACUUCGGUGGUGAUUUGGGCAAAAAACAAAUAAACACAAUUGGAUUGACCUAGUGUAUCUGAGCUCUUAGUAUGCUGAAAAUAUUUUUCUUAGGAUGUUUGUGCAGUCUGGAGGCCUCUGUUCCUUAAACCCGAUUCAUGGAGGACUGUGACCAUGUUUAAGCUAAGAAAAAAUAAAAGAUCAACCCAAAGAACCUGGGCUUUUAGGGAUUGUUCUGUUAGAUUGUUUGAGCAAACUAUUAAGGUGCUGUUGGAUGGAAAGGUAAUAUAUUAACCUGUGUGAGUAUACUAGGUAGGUGCACUUCCUAGUCUAGUGCCUUUUCUCCAUCUGUAUAUCUUCCUGGGCUUAUCCAUUGUCCUAAAUUGUCUCUGGUUCAGCUUUUCUGGAAUAAAAUUUUAGCUUGUCAUUUAGAGAGAUGGUUAUAUAUAUUUGAUGAUACUUCUUUCUUUGUCAUUGCAUUUUUCACGAGCAUCUGAGCUGAUCUGCUGGUGCAACCCUGUCCAAAGGAGACGGUCCAAGUUCCCUGGCCAGGUGGGCCUGCUCCAUUCCUCUCGUGGGUGCUUACUGGGCCUGUGAGCUGAUUGCCUGGGGACAGACAGAAAACUCCCUGGCUCUUGUGUGUGGUUUGUGAGCUGUUCUGCUGCUCAUGGGUGUCUGAUGAGAAGAACUGGGCAGUACAGAUCCUGCUGGAAGAAGGAGCACUGUGCCAGGUUCCCAGGACUCCUAGGAUGAGGCUGCUGUGAAGGUCUGGCAGAUACCCUGCCUACUCUGCAGUGCCUGCAGAUUCCCUGUGGUCCCCUUUCCAGCUGGAGCACCGUCACCGAGGCCGCUGGGAAGAAUGACUGUUGGGUGCCUACUGCAGCCCCCUUUCCUGGGGAGGACUUGGCUCCCCAUACUGCUGCUGGCAGCCUCUGCUCACUGCCACUGGCCCAGUGAGCCAGCAGAAGUGGUUCGGGACUGGGAAAACCAGCUGGAGGCCUCCAUGCAGUCUGUGCUCUCGGACCUCCGGGAGAUUGUACCGGCCGUGGUGGGCAUACCAGACAGCUCUGCUGUGGUGGGACGCUUCUUCAGAGUCUCCAUCCCCACGGAUUUAAUUGCUUCCAAUGGAGAAAUUGUCCAGAUCUCUGAAGCUGGGAAGGACUCCUUGCCUUCUUGGUUACACUGGAAUGCGGAGAGCAGUUCCCUGGAAGGACUGCCCCUUGACACAGACAAAGGCGUCCACUACAUCUCUGUGACCACACUACAGCCUGUCCCAAAUGGGAGCUACGUGCCACAGACCGCAAACGUCUUCUCUGUUGAGGUCCACCAAGAAGACCACAAUGAGCCUCAGUCAGUGCGAGUGGCCAGCCAAGACAUGGGUGAUGCAGCGGCGUUCAUGUGUGGCGCGGAAGAGCCAGUCACUAUCCUGACUGUCAUUUUGGAUGCCGACUUAACAAAAAUGACACCAAAGCAGAGGAUUGAACUCUUAAACAGAAUGAGAAGCUUCUCGGAGGUGGAACUUCAUAACAUGAAGUUGGUUCCUGUUGUAAAUAACAGACUCUUUGACAUGUCUGCCUUCAUGGCUGGACCGGGAAAUGCAAAGAAGGUGGUGGAAAACGGAGCCUUACUCUCAUGGAAAUUAGGAUGUUCUCUGAGCCAAAACAGUGUCCCCAACAUCAGCAAGGUGGAGGCUCCAGCUAAGGAAGGAACCAUGUCUGCCCGCCUUGGCUACCCUGUUGUUGGCUGGCACAUUGCUAACAAGAAACCUCACCUCCCAAAGAGGAUGCGGCGCCAGAUCAAUGCCACCCCCACACCUUUGACGGCCAUUGGGCCACCCACCACUGCUGCGCAAGAACCGCCUACCAGGAUAGUCCCUACCCCGACGUCGCCUGCCAUUGCGCCUCCUACAGAGACAACAGCACCCCCUGUCCGGGAGCCCAUACCGCUGCCGAGGAAGCCUACGGUAACCAUCAGAACAAGGGGCCCCAUCAUCCAGACACCCACUCUGGGACCAAUCCAGCCAACCAGGGUAGCAGAAGGCACCAGCACAGCCUCCGUGCCAAUUCGCCCCACGAUGCCCGGGUACAUAGAGCCCACGGCAGUGAUCACACAACCCACAACCACCACCAAGAAACCCAGAGUCUCCACUCUGAAGCCAUCCAUGCCAUCCACAACAGAUUCCUCCACGGCGAUGACACGAAGGCCUACUCGAAGACCCAAAACGCCCCGUCCAACAAAGCCUCCCAGCACGAUCAGAUCCCCCAUCUCCAAGCUGACAACAGCCUCCCCGCCAACCCGCCUACGCACCACAGCUAGUGGGAUCCCCCGGCCCGGGGAGCCAAACGAGCCACCAAAGCUGACGAACCAUAUUGACAGGGUUGAUGCAUGGGAGGGCACCUACUUUGAGGUUAAAAUACCGUCAGAUACCUUCUACGACAAGGAAGACACCACCACUGACAAACUGCAGCUGACCUUGAAGCUGAAGGAGCAGCAGAUGAUAGAGGAGAAUUCGUGGGUCCAGUUCAACAGCACCAGCCAGCUCAUGUACGGCAUGCCGGACCACAACCACAUCGGGAAGCACGAGUACUUCAUGUAUGCAACUGACAAAGGCGGGCUUUUUGCUGUGGAUGCUUUUGAAAUCCACGUCCACAAAUGCCCGCAUGGGGACAAGUCUCCAGUGAAGUUCAAGGCCAGGCUGGAAGGGGACCACAACGCGGUGGUGAAUGACAUCAAUAAGAAGAUCAUGCUGGUGAAGAAGCUGGCUCUAGCGUUUGGUGACAGGAACAGCAGCACCAUCACAGUGCAGGACAUUGCCAAAGGUUCCAUUGUUGUGGAAUGGACGAACAACACACUACCUCUGGAGCCCUGCCCCCGGGAGCAGAUACGGACUUUGAGCAAAAAAAUUGCAGAUGACUCCGGCGGACCAAGCCCAGCUUUCUCCAACGUCUUGCAGCCCGAGUUCAAGCCUCUGAACGUGUCGGUAGUUGGCUCUGGCAGCUGCAGGCAUAUCCAGUUCAUCCCUGUGACAAAAGAUGGAAGGGUGAUCUCGGAGGUGACACCAACGGUGGCAGCAGGCAAAGACCCCGAGAAGAGCAGCGAGGAUGAUGUGUACCUGCAUACCGUCAUCCCUGCCGUGGUGGUGGCCGCCAUCCUUCUUGUGGCUGGCAUCAUCGCCAUGAUCUGUUACCGCAAGAAGAGGAAAGGGAAGCUGACCAUUGAAGACCAGGCGACCUUCAUAAAGAAAGGCGUGCCCAUCAUCUUCGCUGAUGAGCUGGAUGAUUCCAAGCCUCCACCGUCCUCCAGCAUGCCCCUCAUCCUCCAGGAGGAGAAAGCCCCGCUGCCCCCCCCAGAGUACCCCAACCAGAGCAUGCCAGAGACCACGCCACUCAACCAGGACACCAUCGGCGAGUACACGCCACUGCGGGACGAGGACCCCAACGCGCCGCCCUACCAGCCUCCCCCCCCUUUCACUGCACCCAUGGAGGGGAAAGGCUCCCGCCCGAAGAACAUGACCCCAUACAGGUCCCCGCCGCCCUACGUCCCCCCUUAACAAAUGGGAGGCUCUUGGGGGAGAAGGGGCCUCCAGCUCCACACCAGUGCUGUCUGUGGGCCAGCAGCCCCCUCGCCAGCCAGGAACCCGAAAUCCCAGCCUGCUCCCCAGCAGGCCCUCCCCAGCUGUACCCGGACCACUCGCAGGACUUGGGGGGACACUUGUUUUAUUUUUACCUAACAAGCUUUGGUUUUAUUUUCUUCAUAGAAAAAAAUUCUCGGCUCAAACACGCCUUCCCAGUGGCUGGGCUUCUGGCCAGGGUGGCAGGCAGGGAGGGGGGACAGGCUGGGUCGGGACGGGAUGGGAGAAGCAGGCAGCACUGGGGUAGCACUCUGGGUCUCCGCUGUUUGCCUUUAACACUAACUGUACUGUUUUUUUCUAUUCACGUGUGUCUAGCUACAGGACAUAACAUGAAAGGUAGCCUAAAAAUAAUUAAAUUCAAGGGACUUUCUGAA